CGCAAAUCAGGAAUCAUGGUGAAGGAAACCACGAUUCAAGUUGGCGAGAAGUUCGGCUGGGUCCGACUCUACGACUGCGAUGACUCAUCAUCCAGCGGCAACCUUGUUUACAUUGACCACGAAUCGGACGUCCGGCAGAUUUGCAAGGAUAUGUCCAUCAACGACCAUUACACCAUUUGGGUGAAGUACGGAGGCGCUGAAGAAAGGCGUUUGAAAUCGGACGAAAACCCGCUGAUAAUUCAAGACGAAUUUUUGCGUCAGAUCGGCUAUUCUGACCCCUCAAGACGAGACCGCCUCGGUGUGGACAUCAAUCUGAAGUACUUAAUAAAGUUUCACAUAGGUCCAACUUGCCAAGAGAAAAAUAUGCGGAGUGGGCAAGUUCAUAUACUGAAAGGCCUUGUUUUACCCCAGUGGAAACUUCGAGAUUUGGUGAUAAUUGGAGAAAAUCUUUUUCUCUACCCAGCUCCAUACAGUAACGCUGAGCUUGAAACGGUGAACCUAAGUAAAUCUCAAAUUGAAGUAUUCCGAGAAUUGAAGUGCAAUAAGAAAGUCAUUCGCAUCUCCGGGAGUCGCCCUAUCUUUCUUGGUUUCCAGUCCGAGUGGGACAGGCUUCAAUGGAAGCGCUGGCUAAAUGAGGCCUCGGAGAAUGAGAAAUGCUCGGAGAAGCAGGUGAAUUUAUCGGGAGCCGGGCUCGAGUACCUGCCGGAGGAUCUGGUAUCGAGGUGGAUGCACGCGGAGGAGCUGGUGCUCUCCAACAACCGGCUCUCGGCGACCGAGUCGAAUUUGGAUCUCCUGGAGCGACUCCCGAAUCUGCGACGCCUGUCCCUGUCCGGCACCUCGCUUAGGGAGGUCCCGCCGGUCCUCCAGAACCUCGACAAGCUCCAAGUCCUCGAUCUCUCCAACAACAAGCUCAAGUACGCUCCCAGGCAGCUCGAAGGAUGUGCCAGAUUGAGAGAACUGCGCCUCGAUCAUAAUGAGCUCUAUGAGAUCAACGCCGACGAGAAAGCGUUCCCGCGGCUUGAGAUUCUGUCGGCCUCACACAACAAGCUUUCAUCUUUUCCUAAAAUUUUGAGAAAAUUCUCAACCAUGAGAACGACCCCAAAUAGCAUGCCAGAGAAUGGAACGUCAAACCACGACAAGGAACAGAACACCGAUCCUGAGCACGUUAACGUGAAUCAUUUGACUCAGGUGUUUUUGAGGGCCAACCAGCUCAAGGGGAACAUCAUACUAGGAAAUUAUGGAAAUUUAACUCAACUAGAUGUCAGUGAAAAUGCCAUAGAAUGUCUCGAUCUGAGUGCGUUAGAUAAGCUAGAAAAUAUUCAGUGCUCGAAGAAUAUUCUAAAAAAUUUAGCAAUCAAUGGGAGGAAUUUGGUCUCUUUAAUUGCCGGAAACAAUCGGUUGCGCCGGCUCACAGUCACGAAUAGACCCACCAAGCUCCAGCAUUUAGAUGUGUCCUAUAACGAACUGGACGAGCUGCCGGAUUGGGUGGGCGACUGCCCGCACCUGGCGACCCUUUUCGCCUCGAACAAUCGGCUCAGCUCGCUGCCCGCGUACCUCUUCUGCGGAGAGAUGCGGAGUCUGGAGACUUUGCAGCUGAGCUUCAACCAGCUCACAUCUUUGCCGGGUGUCGUGCGCGAGAUCCCUCUCCAACAGCUUUUCCUCCAGAGCAACAGUAUUACCGCGCUUCCGCAACACUUCUUCUCCGCUUCCUCCAGGUUAAGAGUUUUAAAUGUGUCAAAAAAUUGUUUGAAAGAAUUGCCAUUGUUCUCUGGAGAGAACUAUGUUCUAGAAAGACUGUACCUCACAUCAAACGCGUUGACAGAUAUCACGAGUUUGACUAACUGCAUCAACCUCCGAACAAUCCAUGCUGCUUAUAACGCAAUAUCAAUUUUACCAGAUUUGUGCAUCGUAGCAUGGAGAGAGUUGGAAGAGCUGGUCAUGUCUGGCAACAGCCUUUGUUCGUUACCUGAAAACUUGGGACAGCUGCCCCAUCUUAGAAUAUUACGAGUUCACUCGAACUUUCUUACCUCAUGCCCGAAUUUCGCACAAUCGAGAUCACUCCGGGUUUUAGAUAUAUCUUACAAUGAACUGAAUAGAAUCAACUUGAAGACUCUAAUUCCACCACAGUUGCAAUUUUUGGAUUUAUCUGGCAACAGCAGACUUCACGUCGAUUUGAAGCAGUUUCAAUCGUACCGAUCUCAACGUGCCAUGAGUUUAGUAGACGUCUCUGGCCAAAAUCGAAGCGUUUUACCCUCCUCGCCGCCAUAUCAAGAGGUCGAAAAUGCAAAUUUAGAAACUCCGUGGGUCUUAGGUUUUUCGGAAACUUCUGGACAGAGAGAUCGAUUGUGUGUGUCGCAGUUGAGGAUGGGGGCGUUUUGCAACCAUGAGGUUUUAGCAGGAAUUUUCGAUGCCAACAUUAACAAUGAGAUAUCACAAUACUUAGUCAAAAUAAUCCCCAGGAUCCUCUUAGAGGAAAGGACGGUGAAAGAGACAGCCUCUGAAUAUAUGAAAUAUACAAUGCUGUCUGCACACAAGGAGCUGAAGGAGAAAGGUCAAAAAACCGGGGUGUGCGCCGUCCUGUGUCAUAUCGUUCGUCAAAAAUGUAGCGGAUCCACGAAGCGCUACGUGCUCCGCGUCGCUAGCGUCGGCGAAGCCCGGGCAAUCCUGUGCAGAACGUCCGGUUGUAUUACCUUGACACCCUCCAACAGACAGCCAACCGUUCGGAGUCAACUCGGUGCUAGUUCUCUCUUUCCGCAUUCUCUCCCAGAUCCGCACGUGGUUGAGAUUCCCCUCCAUGAUCAGGAUGAAUGCCUACUCUUAGCCAAUAAACAAUUAUGGGAGGUGAUAAGCGUGGAGGAGGCGAUGGCGGAGGUGCGAAGCGUGCGGAACCCGGUUUUGGCGGCCAAGCGUCUCCAGGAUUUGGCGCAAAGCUACGGCUGCGAGGACAACAUCAGUGUCAUCGUCCUUCGGUUUCACGGCCUCCUCUCCGAGCACGAUCUCUUGAUUUCCGAGCUUCGCUCCACUCUGCGUCGCAGUAACGACACGGAUGGAUUUUAUGUUACCGAUUGCACUAUUCCGCACGUGGUGCUUAACGAUUUCGAUCGUUCCUCUCCUAGCGGCCAAAGUGAUCACACGAGUAGUGGAAAAGCGACCGUUUACAAUGGGGAUGUCCACCUUCACCACCCAAGCAGUUACCAUACCGAUAAAAUGAGACCCUUUCCAAAUUACCAGUCAAUCUUAUUAAAUGAACCUCGGCCGAGAUCCAGACAAAUUAAACCAAUGGAUAACUCGCUGGCGGAGCUGUCAGAUGAAGAUAUAGACGAUUCCGGCAGUGCUUCCACCAAGUCAGACGAUCAGCUUUCGGAAGAGCGGUUCCGAUGCUGGGAGUACAUGUUGGAACAGAACACGCAGAUGCUAUUCGACAAGGAGUUGAACACUUUAUCGCGAGGGUUUAUGAAGAGGUCGGGUCCAUCGCGGCCGAGUCUCUGGCCGGCCAGGGCCAAAAGCGUCUCGCACCUCCCUGACACCCACGCCAAUUCCACCACUCCCCAACCCACACCAUUCCUCAGACAUUUUGGGAGUGCCAGGUCAUUCCAGCCAUUAGGAAAUUUGGUGCCGACGCGAAAAUUGAGUGGUGGACCGAAUGCAGCGUAUUUUGGAAGCCUGCAGAGACUGAUGCCCUGUCAGUUGGACUACGACUUCGCCAGGAUGAGAGAGAGGCACGCCUUGAACAGCGUCGAUUCCUUAGAACAUGAUCAUGAAGGUCGCAUGAGCAAAUACUGGGACGUCACAACGACUGAACUGUAGAUCAAAAGUCACUACUUAGAAUACACUGUGUAUAAUUUACCAUGUAAAUUAAAUAUAAAGACUAUAAAACUUCCA